GGGAAGGUGCCUCCUACAGUUUCGAGGCUCAGGCGGCUCAUCCUUUGGGUUCUUCCCCGCUGGUGGUGUUCCCCUAUCGCAGUCCUUCAGACCAUCAAUUAAGUGUCGAGCUUUUUCUACUCUUAGGGCAUAGAAAUCUACUCGCAAUCGAUACUUCUGUGUUUUCUGUCUCGAAUUUCUCUAAGGAACUUUUGUCCCAAAAAAGCUUGAAAGAGUAAAGAUGGAGGCUGCAGAUGAGGGAGUAGAGAGGAUAGAGGAUUCCAAGGACUUACAGCAACAGAGCAAAGCGUUUGAUAAGCUCACUGACCGCGUCGAGGAUCGCCAGCUCGACUCCACUCGCGUCCAGGAGGCUAUGGCUUCAAUUGCUGCAUCUGCAGAAGCGGACUGGAAUGCGAUGCGUUUGAGGGAGAAGGAACUGGCUGCUGUUAAGAUAAAUGCAGCUGAUGUUGACAUAAUCGCAAAUGAACUAGAGCUGGACAAAAAGGUGGCUGAAAGAACCUUGCGUGAGCAUAAAGGCGAUGCUGUUGCUGCUAUUAGGCAUUUGCUUCGCUAGAUAUUUGUGUCGAAAUUUGGAUCCUCAAAUGUAUACCAUCAAAAGUCAGAUCUAUUCAGAAUUUUUAUACUUAUAUUUUUUUCGGGCAAAUUAGAUUUUUGCAUGAGCUGUAGGAACUGUGUUUUCGGGUGAAAGUCUGAAAGAUCCGCUGUGUAUUGAAACUUUUGUCCAAGUUACUUCUUUUUUGGUCCGAGUUUCGUGCAUGGUUUAUUUACCAAUUUUCAGACUCAAAA